GGAAUAUCGAAUCAUCCGACGACCAGAGCUUCGAUCCCAACCCCCGUUCCUCGACAACACUCGAGGCCUACAUCAGAACCCCGGACCCCAGGCUCAGCUUGGCAGACAUGCCACGACGAUGCUGGGCCUCUGGUCAAUGGCAGCCCAGUUACGGGCCUGCCACUGCCGGGCAUGCUUGCGUGCAACACGCACCGCUGCGAGACAGGUGACGACGAGCGCGACUGGCACGGCAAGCAACCCGCGACGCCGCAAAGUCCUUGCCAGCGAUGUCUUUACCGCAUGCUACUCCGCCAUCAUGGCAACCGCUGCCGUCAUCGACGCCGGCCGGAAAGACAGGCGCAGGCGCGAGCUGGACAGGAAGAUAGCCGAGGCCAAGAGCAGACUGGCCUGCCUGCUCGAGGAGUCGGCCGGCCGAGACCUCGCGAAGCUCACCGAAUCCCCCUACCCCGACGUCCCAUACUCCCGCCCGCUAGAAAAAGCGGAUGUCCUGAACGACAUAUGCAAACUAGACGCCGACUUCCUUCGGGACUUGCAACAGAAACGCAAGGACCGGCUCAUCGCGGCUCAACACGUACGCACGAUGCUCGGCCUCUCUUGGAACCCAACGCUGCCUGAAACGAGAAAGACCACGCUGGCCAAGUGCGAGGAGGUUGUAAUGGCUGAGAAGGGGCGGAAUCUCGACCGUCGGGAGCCGCAAACUGAGACACACAUGGCCAAGAUAACCGAUAUGGUCACCGACUUGGUGGACCGGCUUAUGGCAGAGGCUUGGUGGAGUUCGGAAAUCGAGGCACCCGGAUCACACCCGGCCCUCAACAGCCCGGACUCGGCCAGUACCAUGAUCCGCAUGCUGCGCUCCGACGGCUACCCUUCCUACGCUCAUCCCGACCUGGAUCCUGCGGCAACGAUCGAACAGAGGGAGCGACUGAACGAUGUCAAUGUCAGCAUCCUGUCUGACUGGGUCCCGCCGCUGCGAGAACGCUACGCAGCAAAGAUCUGCUACAACUUUCUUGUAUGCGGUGUCCCCCCCGGAAUUCAGAACUACAACAUGUUGAUCCUGGGUUUCUCCCUCCUCGGCGAGCACAACCUGUCACAAGCCGUGGUGGAUUCCUUUCUUUAUCUGAGCCAUAUGAAACCGAGUGAAGCAACAUAUUUGUGCUUGUUGCAUCACUACCGGCUCAAGGGAGACAUUGUCGGCUUCCAAGGCGUCAUCAAGCGCAUGUUUGGCUACGACCCCCGCGGCAUAGGGCUGAUGCGGAGGACGGCCGACUACGUAGAACGGCGCCCCGAGCUACAAGCCUGGGCCGCCACCCAAGACGUUGCCGUGGUCAGCGGACAUUACGUCCAGCGUGCGCCAUUCACCCACAACGUUGCCGAGGCUAUGAUGGAGGGCCUGAUAGAUUUUGGCAUGCUGCGCGAGGGCGCGAAGCUUCUCGCUGUCUGUCUCCGAGAGCAGUGGACGAUCAGCAAGGAUCUGCUGUGGAGGCUGUUCCAUUCUUGCCUCACCUUGCUUGACACCACUGCAGCCAAGCUAGUCGUCCGGGCUCUGUUGGACAACAUCGACCAAGCAUCAUUGCUCCUCCUUGGUCCCGAUCCGGUUGGCCCUGGCUCUGUCAGACAACUCCGUCAUCUCCUGAAUAUCUGGCAGGCGACGGUGCUCCCGGGGAACGAGAGCACUCAGGAACAGGGGCCUCAGGUCGGCAACCUGACUGGGGAGGUCGAGAAAGCCAAGUUGAACCAUCUAGCGGCGGCCGUUUGGAUCAGGGAGGCGUGGCACCAUACCAGCAUGAUGUGCUGGUGGCUAAGGCGGGCGGAAAGGAAGCUUUCCGAUCACAGCGUACCACUGCUUGAGCGGCUCGACAUGGUCCUGUCGGUCCUCAACUUCGCAGCCGAGCGUCCGAGGCUGGAAUUGGAAAAGUCGGAGCACAUCCAGCGCGUAGCAAAGAUGGACUGGCUGAUGGCACAAACCGUGUCGAUGGACUUCCACAUCCGAAGCGCAGAGACUGUCAUCUGCAAGGCCCUCGCCAAGCAAAUGCCGCGGCAACUGCAGACAAGGUCGCACUUCAAAUCUACCAUUCCGCUCGAACAGCGGAUCAGCCGUGCCCUGCUGUAUACCACCCCGGGAACGGUGGAAUAUCAUGUGGCUACCUUGUUCAACCUGAGCAACGAGCUCGAACUCCAGAUCAAAAGGGCCCUGAUCAACGCCCUCCCAAAAACAUAUGCCCAAGGGCUCCAACAAACGCAGAACGACUCGGGUGAUGUCAGCUUCGGAAGAAUUGUGGCAUACUUUAAGCACUACUUGGCUGGCUUGAAGGAUCUCCAAACGAAGGAGGCAGAGACGGCAUCGAGACCGGACCCCUUUGCCCGGUUAUUCGAGGCGUUGCCAAAGCCGAUCUCGUUCUGGAAGAGGAAGGCGGCGUCGGCUGCGCCGUCACCGGGACACAUUGGCUGGUAAGGAGGAUAACGUUCGACGCAGGAAGAAGGGAAAGGAUUCUUCGGGGCGACGCUGUAACCUACAUGUACUUCUACAUACAGUCAGAUACCCAGGAAACAUAGAGGUGUUCUAGAGGGGGGCUUCGGUACUUUG